CCUGGUGGGGUGCCGUCGUCUGGAGGCCAGCAGAUCGCACUUGCAUCGUAUAUUCCCCCGUUGGGUGACCCGGAUGCAUGGAACCGUUUGAUCGCAUACCCAGUGGACAAAGUGAGCGUCCUGGUAGCAAAUGUGGUCAAUGGCCCGGAUACCACGAUCAACAAGAGCUGGCAGAAGAUCAUCCAGGAGGCGUCCGCCAGUGGUAAGAAGAUUAUUGGCUACGUCCGCACUGGUUACCUGGGAGUGAGCUGGCAACAGGAUACGACUCGACUUGGAUCGCUCAACCUCGCAGACUGGGCAUCUCAAAUCGAACAAGAUGUCGACUUGUGGUAUUCCUUGUAUCCCGGCAUGAUAGGCGGCAUCUUCUUCGACGAAGGCUGGAACGACUGCGGACCAGACAACCUAUACGCCAACCUAUACGCCAACCUCUACCAAUACAUCAGCGACAACACCAAGCGCAAGUACCCCGGCGCCUUCACCGUCCUCAACCCGGGAGCCAACAUGCCGCAAUGCUUCGAGAACAGCGCCGACACGCUACUAACCUUCGAAAGCAACUACCUGCAAUACACAACCGCGUACGUGCCCAACCCCUGGACCGCAUCCGACACCCGGAAAUUCUGGCACAUCAUCCACAGCGUGGCAGAAGCCGACGUAGCUACCGUCGCGGCACUGGCUCGUGAGCGCGGUGCGGGCUUUGUCCACAUCACGAACGGCGUCCCGGAUAAUCCGUACAACAUCCUCCCUGACGAUGCGUAUAUGCAAGAGUAUAACAGCGCAGUAAGUGGCGGCACCGUCCAGAUCGCUGCCCCGAAUCCGUUCCCAGGCGGGAUCCCAGCCUCAUCAGCACCAGGCAGUCUGGCCGUGACCAGCUUCGAAUACACCUCUGUGGCCCUGAGCUGGGUCCCCGCGGCGAACGCGGUCGGGUACCGCGUAUACCUCGACGACGCGAUGGCGCUCAACCUUCCGAGCAGCAUGAUCGCCGUCACGGUCGGGAACCUCAGUCCCGGCAGCGCGCACACGUUUGCCGUGACGGCUGUCGGGGGCGAUGGCAGCGAGUCUGGAAAGUCGAAUAGCGUGGCCCAGAGCACGAAUAAGACGCCCGGGAGCGGAGACGUGUUGAACGUGACUGUCGCGCCAGCGGCGGCUUCGACGACGUAUCGUGCGGAGAUUGUGGUCCCGUAUGCCUAUGUGCGCCUGUAUAUUCAUCAAGGGGCUGAUGAGCUGGAUCAGGAUUGCGAUUGGGUGAAUGCGCCUGGAUGGCCGGUUAACUUUCGGGACGAUGCAUAUGUUUGUACGCAUUAUAUGGUGGAAGAAGAUAAUUUGUAUAAGUACACGGGUACGAUUGCGAGUAAUACUACCGAUGCGCCGUGGACGUGGUCGAAGAUAGGUGCGGUUGAUGUACAGCAGAGUGGAUAUUUUUCACUUGGACGAUCCCGCUUGGGACCUCGACGGUGGAUACUAGGAACUCGGUGAUCCAGACUGAGGGAUACGGACCGCUAUUGAAUGUCUUUCAGCCUUGUCCUGGGAUAGGCCUCUUGAAUCUACCGGAUGUCGAUGGUGACGGUCGGUAUUGUGUCUAAUUGUAAAAUUUGUAAUUUUGGAUAUAUAUAUAGGUAAGCUACUUUAGAAUAGACUUAGAUCAAG